AUGCAGUCCCUCCUCACAAUCGCCACCCUCCUCCUGGGCCAGUGCCUCUCAGCAACAGCUCUGGCGAACCGCACCCACGCCCCAGUGGUGACAAACCCUCAUCAUGCCCUCUACCAAGCGACUCUCCCAAUCCGCCAAAACACCACCAUUCGCGGCUGGAUCACGCUCCUCGCCCCCGAGAAGGCGACCGGCGUGAAAGUUCACGCCGACUUCUGGGGUUUCCCCAACAACUCAUCAUUGGAAUACUACAUCCACGAGGAUCCCGUUCCCAGCGACGGCAACUGCUACCGCACCGGCUCCCCCUUCGACCCCUACAGCCGCAGGGCAUCCAUCCCUUGCAACACGACCACCCCGCAAGCCUGCCGCAUCGGCGACCUGAGCGGCAAGCAUGGGCCCAUCUUCACGGCCGCGGACCAGGGCUUCGAGGCGCGCUACAAUGACCUCUACCUGUCAACGGAGCCCGGCGCGCUCGCGUACUUUGGGAACCGGUCGAUCGUGGUGCAUCGGGUCUCGGAUAAUGCGCGGCUGAGUUGUGCGAAUUUCACGUUGGUGGUUCGGCCGGAGAUUCCGGUGGUUGCUGUCCCAGUGGAGAAGGUGAGCGAGGAUUAA